AUGUCUAUGAUUGCAGAUCAGAGAAAGCAGUCAAUGCUUGAAUGGGAAACACGACACAAAAUCAUUGUAGGAAUUGCAAGAGGGCUUCAGUAUCUUCACGAGGAUUCCCGUCUAACUAUUAUACAUCGUGAUCUCAAGCCUGGAAAUAUCCUAUUAGAUAACGAGAUGAACCCCAAGAUUGCUGAUUUUGGCACCGCAAAGCUAUUUGGAGACGAACAAAAGCUUGGAAAUACCAGUAAAGUAGUUGGAACAUUUGGAUAUAUGGCUCCAGAAUAUAUGUUAUUGGGGGAGUACUCAGAAAAAUAUGAUGUCUAUAGUUUCGGCAUAAUUGUUCUAGAGAUCGUGAGUGGUCAAAGAAACAAAGCCUUUCACCAAUCGCAACAAAAGGAAAAUCUUCUCGGACAUGCGUGGAGACUAUGGAACGAAGGUCGUUCCUUUGAAUUACUGGAUUCCACAUUGUGCAAUAGUUGUUCGAGAAAUGAAGUGAUGAGGUGUAUUAAAAUCUGCAUGCUAUGUGUCCAAGGGAAUACACUGUAUAGACCGACAAUGGGAGAGGUACUACUCAUGCUUACUGGUUCUGUUCAACUUCCAUUGCUAUCUACACCAACAAUACAUGACGAUAUUUCAGAUGAUGAUAAUGAAAAUCAACAAUGA